CGGAAACCAUGUAACGGUUUCCCCAGCCCCCAAGCUCCCUUCUCGGCUGUGGGCUGCCCCCCACCCGCCCCCCUCCCCGGGACCCAGGCGUCCGGGGCUUCCUUAUCGAUGCCCUCUUCCCCUUCCUCAGGGGACCCAGGCUCCCGUCGGCGCCUCAUCCCGGCUCUAGGAUGGCGGGGGGAGGGGCCGGGCGCUCUGGUCCCCAGCUUCCCCCAUCAGCCGGCUCAGAGGCCCCAGUAUUUCCCAUUGGCGUCCCUUGGUGGCCCCCGCUCCCCCAUCGGCGAAUGGCCCCUUCCCUUGCCUCCGGGGGUCCCCACCCUCCCUCCCUGCAGGAAGCCAGAGUCAGGGCGCGGGGAGGGGAGCCCCGUGGGAACUGUUUGUUUCGAGAACAGGAACCGGGGCCGGUUCGGGGCGUGGUGCCCCCCCCCUCACCGCAGCCUCUUCCUGUCCCUCCCCCAGUUUCCUCCCGCUUAACCCCAGGCCAGGGGGAAUGGCGGGGGGCGGGGUGGGGGGGCUUCUUCAGCCUCAGCAAAGACCCCCAUCCCUUUCCCCGACCGGGGAGGGGGGCGAGCUCAGAGCCCGGCAGUCCCGACUGUCCGUCACCCCGCCCCCUCUUCGCCCCCCGUGGGGGUCCCGCGCCUUUCGGCAGGGCAUGGGUUAAUAUCCUGCAGCGCCCCGCGUGUGCCAGGCGGGGCUCUGAGCCGAGGGUUCCAGUCUCCUGGGGACGCAGCCCCGGGGGUGCGACAUGUCGGGGACGCUGGACCUCGAGAAGGGCUGCACGGUGGAGGAGCUGCUGCAGGGCUGCAUCGAGGCCUUCGACGACUCCGGGAAGGUGCGCGACCCGCAGCUGGUGCGGAUGUUCCUGAUGAUGCACCCGUGGUACAUCCCGUCCUCCCAGCUGGCUGCCAAGCUGCUGCACAUCUACCAGCAAUCCCGGAAGGACAACUCCAACUCGCUGCAGGUGAAGACCUGCCACCUGGUCCGGUACUGGAUCUCGGCCUUCCCCGCCGAGUUUGACUUGAACCCGGAGCUGGCGGAACAGAUCAAGGAGCUGAAGUCCCUGCUGGACCGCGAGGGGAACCGCCGGCACAGCAGCCUCAUUGACAUCGAGAGCGUUCCCACCUACAAGUGGAAGCGCCAGGUCACCCAGCGGAACCCCGUGAGCCAGAAGAAGCGCAAGAUGUCCCUGCUGUUCGACCACCUGGAGCCGCUGGAGCUGGCCGAGCAUCUCACCUACCUGGAGUAUCGCUCCUUCCGCAAGAUCCUGUUCCAGGACUACCACAGCUUCGUGACCCACGGGUGUACAGUGGACAACCCCGUCCUGGAGCGCUUCAUCUCCCUCUUCAACAGCGUCUCCCAGUGGGUGCAGCUCAUGGUGCUGAGCAAGCCCACGGCCCCGCAGCGGGCCCAGGUCAUCACCCACUUUGUCCACGUGGCCGAGAAGCUGCUCCAGCUGCAGAACUUCAACACUCUCAUGGCCGUGGUCGGGGGCCUGAGCCACAGCUCCAUCUCCCGGCUCAAGGAGACGCACAGCCACGUCAGCCCAGACACCGUCAAGCUCUGGGAAGGCCUGACGGAGCUGGUGACGGCCACGGGCAACUACAGCAACUACCGCCGGCGGCUGGCGGCCUGCGUGGGCUUCCGCUUCCCCAUCCUGGGCGUGCACCUCAAGGACCUGGUGGCCCUGCAGCUGGCCCUUCCCGACUGGCUGGAUGCGGCUCACACGCGCCUCAACGGGGCCAAGAUGCGGCAGCUCUUCGCCAUCCUGGAGGAGCUGGCCAUGGUGACCAGCCUGCGGCCGCCCAUCCAAGCCAACCCGGACCUGCUGAGCCUGCUCACGGUGUCUCUGGACCAGUACCAGACUGAAGACGAGCUGUACCAGCUCUCCCUGCAGAGGGAGCCACGCUCCAAGUCCUCGCCAACGAGCCCGGCGAGCAGUACCCCGGCCCCCCGGCCCCCCGUCCUGGAGGAGUGGACCGCGGCCGCCAAACCCAAACUGGACCAAGCCCUGGUGGUGGAGCACAUCGAGAAGAUGGUGGAGUCCGUGUUCCGGAACUUUGAUGUGGAUGGGGACGGUCACAUCUCCCAGGAGGAGUUCCAGAUCAUCCGGGGGAACUUCCCUUACCUCAUCGCCUUUGGGGACCUGGACCAAAACCAGGACGGCUGCAUCAGCCGGGAGGAGAUGGUCUCCUACUUCCUGCGCUCCAGUUCGGUGCUGGGGGGCCGGAUGGGCUUCGUGCACAAUUUCCAGGAGAGCAGCUCCCUGAGGCCCGUAGCCUGCAGGCACUGCAAGGCCCUGAUCCUGGGCAUCUACAAACAGGGACUGAAAUGCCGAGCCUGCGGAGUGAGCUGCCACAAACAGUGCAAGGAUCGGCUCGCGGUGGAGUGCCGGCGCCGGGCCCAGAGCGUGAGCAUGGAGGGGCCGCCCGCACCCUCCCCCCCUCACACUCACCUCCGAGCUUUUAGCUUUUCCUUGCCUCGCCCCGGAAGGCGAGGGUCCCGGCCACCAGCUCCGGAGAUCCAAGAAGAGGCCGUCCAAGCCGUGGAGGACGGAGUGUUCGACAUCCACUUGUAGCAGGUCUCCCCUGGCCCGGACCCGCCCCUGCUGCAGGAGGGACGCCCACCGGACCGGAGAUGUGGACCUGGGAGAGCGGGGGCUGAAAGGGGCGGGAGAAGGGGCUUGGGUUCUCCCAGGUUGUACAAAUUCUUGUGAAUAUUUGUAUUUCAGAUGGAAUAAAAAAGGCUGAUAAUAAAAAGGC